UUCUGCAGUUGCAACCAGCUGGUCUCCCUUCCUGUGAGCAAUAAGUAGCGUCUCUGCACCACAGCCUUUCUGCCAGGAAGGGGAGGAGCAGCCCUCCUGGAAAAGUGAGGAGCAAAGGCUUCCAGAAGGAAGAGGGCGAAGCUGGGGAUGCCCACGGCCGGGCUGGCCCUGUGCUACGAGCACGAGACGCGCCUCGUCGAGGACCUGUUCAGGGACUACAACAAGGUCGUGCGGCCUGUGGAGGACCACCGGGAUGCUGUUGUCGUCACGGUUGGGCUGCAGCUCAUCCAGCUUAUUAAUGUGGAUGAAGUAAAUCAGAUCGUAACAACCAACGUCCGCCUGAAGCAGCAAUGGACAGAUGUCAACCUGAAAUGGAAUCCAGAAGACUACGGUGGUGUGAAACAAAUCCGCAUCCCGUCAGAUGACAUCUGGCGCCCAGACCUUGUCCUUUACAACAAUGCAGAUGGUGAUUUUGCCAUUGUUAAAUACACCAAAGUCCUUCUGGAACACACGGGGAAGAUCACCUGGACACCUCCUGCCAUUUUUAAAAGUUACUGUGAAAUUAUAGUCACGCACUUCCCGUUUGACCAGCAGAACUGCAGCAUGAAGCUGGGAACUUGGACAUAUGAUGGUACGGUGGUGGUUAUUAACCCGGAGAGCGAUCGUCCUGACCUGAGUAACUUCAUGGAGAGUGGUGAGUGGGUGAUGAAAGACUACCGGGGCUGGAAGCACUGGGUUUACUACGCUUGCUGCCCCGACACACCCUACCUGGACAUCACAUACCACUUCCUCAUGCAGCGUCUGCCACUCUACUUCAUCGUCAAUGUCAUCAUUCCCUGCCUGCUUUUCUCAUUUUUAACUGGGUUGGUUUUUUAUCUGCCCACAGAUUCAGGUGAGAAAAUGACUCUCAGCAUCUCUGUCUUGCUGUCUCUGACUGUGUUCCUUCUGGUCAUUGUGGAGUUGAUUCCCUCCACCUCCAGCGCAGUGCCUCUGAUAGGCAAAUACAUGCUGUUUACCAUGGUGUUUGUCAUCGCUUCAAUCAUCAUUACAGUUAUCGUCAUCAACACCCACCACCGCUCCCCAAGCACCCACACCAUGCCGCACUGGGUCAGAAAGAUCUUCAUUGAUACAAUCCCAAACAUCAUGUUUUUCUCUACAAUGAAACGACCAUCCAGGGAUAAACCAGACAAAAGGAUUUUUGCAGAAGAUAUUGAUAUUUCUGAAAUUUCUGGGAAGCCAGGUCCUAUGCCUGUCAACUUCUACUCCCCACUUACCAAAAAUCCAGAUGUGAAAAAUGCUAUAGAGGGAAUCAAAUACAUUGCAGAAACGAUGAAAUCGGACCAAGAAUCCAGUAAUGCUGCGGAAGAAUGGAAGUUUGUUGCAAUGGUGAUCGAUCAUCUUCUCCUUGGUAUAUUUAUGCUAGUCUGUAUUAUUGGAACGUUAGCUGUAUUUGCUGGUCGCCUGAUUGAAUUAAAUCAGCAAGGAUGAACAUCAGAUGGAAACUAUUUGCUGCCCUGUGUCACGAAUGACUCUCCUUGUAACGUGGACUGUAACCAGCAGAAAUGUCUCGAACUCCUUGGUUAAGCACUUGAUUUUCACAUACAAACCUGAAACAACUGUUGUGUGUGACUCUACCUGCAGAAACUCUUGGUCCAGCAAAGAGGAGGGAAUGUUCCUUGUUGUGGGAAGGAUCCGCAGCCAGUUGGCUUUUGCAGUUAUUUAUUUGCUAUCCAGGCCUACGAUAAAGGACUUGCAGAGGAGGAUUUUUCACCCUCUUUUAUCAGUGAGCCCUGCUCUGUGGCCACCCAAAUAAGCUACAGACAGAGACCAAGCACACCUUGGUGCCUGCUCUCCAUUUUGAGUGAUGAAUAAUUGUGAGGGCAGCUUCAAAUUAUGAGAAUGCUCAGUGUGACAUCUUAAACACAACUCUCCAUCCUCUGCUCUGCUUAAAUAUGUCACGAGCAUCAAAGUCAGACACAGCAUCAUAAAGAAUAUUCCUAUGGAAAGCUUGAAUACUGGUUCUACUCCAUGUGGCAAAAUGAUAGGACCUCCACCCUCAAAUCGCCUGAAUUAACCAAGCUUUCUUCAAAUGUUGAGCAGCAGCUCACUCUAGUGACAAAACUGAGUAGUGCUACUUUCGUCCAAAGACCUUUGAUAUUGGAGUUGUUGUUUUUUUUUUUUUCCAGUAAAUAUUCAACCCAGGCAACAAGCUUAUGUUUGUUUCAAUAACACAGUGUGGAAGUUCCAGCAGUGCUGUCUAUUCUUCUCAAAAAUAAAUAAGCAGAGGUGGGGCAAAGAAUACAAGUUACUCAUCUUUCCGAGCUGGUUGCCCAAGCCAGUAAGACUGCUUUGCUAACAUCUGUAAAUAAUUUGCUGUGAGUUUAAUAAAAUAACUUAUGUUAAGGUUCUA